AAAGAAAUUAUUGAUGUUUUUUUUAUCCAUGAAGGAUUAUAUUGCUAAUUAAGGAGUCAAGACUAUUUAUGCUAAAACCCGAAAGAACAUAACAGCUAAGUACUUUCUUUGUUCUAGUUCAUUUCGUCAUCUUUGUGUUUCGGUUUCUUAUAGCCUUAAAAUCAAAACAAAAAAUAAAACCAUUCUCCAUUUUAUGUUAGAACAACCAUUAACCAACUCUCUCUCUCUUUCUCGCUCUAAAUCUCUCUCUUCGUUUCAGAAUGCAAAGGAGGUUGCGGCAAGUAUGCACGGUUGUGAAAGAACACAGCGUCGUCAACUACGCCAAGAUGGCCACCAUGGGAGGCUUCUGCAACGUCGACCAUCUCAUCGUAAAAGCCACAGAUCCAAACGACAUGCCGUUGCAUGAAAAAUACGUCCACGAGCUCCUCAAAGUCUUCUCCAUCUCCGGCCAGUCCUCCAUCCGAGCCUUUUCGCUCAGCUUCACCCGUCGUUUUGGCCGUACGCGUUGCUGGAGAGUGGCUCUCAAGUGCCUUGUCCUGCUCCACCGUCUCCUCCGCUCGGUUCCUCACGACAGCCCUUUUCGCUCCGAACUCCUUUGGAUCCGAACCAACGGUCUGAUCUCCCUCUACCCAUGUCGUUUCACCGACGACUCCUCGCUUUCGUCUCGAGAUUACACUCUCUUCGUUAGAUCAUAUGCCCAUCUUCUAGACGAGGCUCUGAACUGCUCCGACUUUGAAUGGGAAGAAAAGCAUAGAACUUUACAGGGAGAAGAAGAACAUGAAGAAGAAUAUGAUGAAGAAGGAGCUGAAGAGAAAGAGAAGAGCAUAGCUGAGAAAAUGAAAGAAAUGGGUGGAAAGCUUGAGAUUUUGCCUCAGCUCCAGAGCUUGAUCGACCGAGUCAUGGACUGUCGUCCGACUGGUCCGGCGGUGAGGAGCUUCGUAGUGAAGUCGGCGAUGAAGCAUAUACUCAGAGACAGUUUCGCUUGCUACGACACGUUUCGGAAGGAAAUCGUUGUCGUUUUGGACAACCUCUUCCAAAUGCCUUACGCAAGUGGUACGGCAGCGUUUGCAAUCUACAAGAAAGCUUCGGCACAGUCCGAGGAGCUGUGUGAAUUCUACGAGAAGUGUAAGGCCAUGGGGCUAUGUGGAAACUACGAGUACCCUUUGAUUGAACGCAUACCAUUUUCGCAGAUUCAAGCUCUAGAGAGCUUCCUCAACGGAAUGUGGCAGUUCACGGAUGAUUCUUCGUCGUACGGACCGUCGUCGUCGGAUGAGACUCGGUCGAGUUCGAACGAUGGUGAUGUGGAUGGAAAAGCCAGUGCUGGAAAAGAAGAUGAAUUGGAGAACAAAAGUGUUGAGGAAGUGGAACCGUUGAUUAAGUUUGAAGAAAAAUUAUUACUAUGUGGUAAGGAAGAGGAACCGUUGAUUAAGUUUGAAGAAAAAUUACUAUUAUGUGGCAAGGAAGAGGAACCGUUGAUUAAGUUCGAUGAUGAAAGUGAUCAACAUGUGUGCUGGGAAAGGUUAUUAGAGGAAUCGGUUGAUAUGUUUCCUGCCCAACACAAUCUUCUAUUGGAUACUAAUAGCAAUGGUUAUGGCCAUGGAUAUGGAUAUGGGAGUUAUAUGGUCAAUGGUUAUGGGAAUAAUUAUAUGGUGAAUGGGUAUGGAGAUCAUAGAGCUUCAAAUAGUAUUCAAGUGUAUAAUCCCAGAGCAGCUAAUCCUUUUGAUCAACAUCUGAUCAUGCAAGAUCACCGUUGGGGUUUCAACUUUUCUUGUUACUCACAGAGUCCUUACAAUAACUUUUCUUCAAGUUCAAAGUAA